AUGGUCGUCCUCUCUCUUCAGCGGGCCCUGCUCCUGGCAGGUGCCGUGCUUCCGCUCGCUCAACAGGGCUUUGCCCAGACUAUCAAGAACUCCGAAGGCGAGGUGAUCCCCGCGAACGAGGUCACCGUUGCCCCGGCCUCCGGCCCCCCUACCGACGUUUCGGCGGACCCCGAGUCGCGUCAGUUGACCGACGACGUGUUGGCCAACCUCACGAGCCACCAGCUCAGCGACAUCGAGCUCUUCCUGUUUGACGACACGGAUAGCGAGGACGCCGCCCAGGUCUCGAGGCGCACGUGGACUAACGUCGGCGACUGCAAGACGUACCCCGGCGACUGGAAGUACCCUUCGCGCUUGACUUGGGGAGUCUUCAACCUGUUGACGGGUGGCGCCCUCAUCGAGACCGUGCCCAUCGGCGCCGUCUGCUACCCUAACAGCGGUGUGUACGACGCCGCCAAGUGUGCCGAUAUCCUCGAGAACUGGACCCAGUCGGACACCCACGCCAGAGACCCCACCUCGGUCAUGUCGCCGCUCUACACGGGCGAGACGUGCAUGCCGCAGAACGGCGCCACGUCCCAGUGCACGCUGGGCGGGUUCCCCUCGUACGCCGUCAAGGCCGAGAGCGUCUACCAGAUCCAGCUGGCCGUCAACUUUGCCCGCACGCUCGGCCUGCGGUUGGUCGUCAAGAACACGGGCCACGACUUCCUUGGCAAGUCCUGCGGCUCCGGUGCGCUCUCCAUCUGGACCCACAACCUUAAGAAGAUCAAGUUCCUGAACUCGGUCAAGACCCCUUCGUACACGGGUGCCGCCCUCGAGAUUGGCGCCGGUGUCCAGGUCGGCGAGCUGUAUGCUGCUGCCAACAAGUACGGCGUCACUGCCGUCGGCGGCGAGUGCAAGGGCGUCGGCGUUGCUGGUGGCUACUCGGCUGGUGGCGGCCACUCGCCCCUGUCGAGCAAGUACGGCCUGGGUUCCGACCAGAUCCUGAGCCUCGACGUCGUGCUGCCCAACGGCCGCUUCGUCACGGCCAGCGAGACCAAGAACACCGACCUCUUCUGGGCCCUCCGUGGUGGCGGCGGCUCCACCUUUGGCGUCGUCACGGCCAUGACUGUCAAGGCGCACCCCAAGCUGAACAUGGCCGGUGUGACGUGGACCAUCAACUCGGGCAACGACACGGCCAACUCGGACGCGGUCUUCUGGGAGGCCAUGUACGCCUACUGGGCCAAGUUCCCCGAGUACGCCGAGGAGGACGUGUACGGCUACUCGAUGAUCUUCCCGCGCGGGCCCGGUGCGGGCUACACGUGGACCAUGAACCCGUGGAUGGUCCCCGGCAUGUCGCUGACCGACUUCAAGGCCAUGGUGCAGCCGCUCUUUGACGAGUGGACGGCCAUGGGGUUCGCGUUCGAGCCCGUCUUCUUCGAGCACGACAACUUCUACGACGCGUGGACGCGGCAUUUCCCCACCGAGGCCGUGGCCAACUCCAACCUGCGCACGGCGUCGCGCCUCUUCCCGCGGUCGGCCUGGGACGACGUGGCGCACCGCAACGCCAUGUUCGACGAGGUCCGCUCCAUCGUCGACGAGGGCUCCGCGCUCAUCCAGUACAACAUGAACCCGUCGGCGCCCGCGGGCACCCCCGCCAGCGGCGCCAACUCGCACUGGCGCGACGCCAUCUGGUUCGGCAUCAUGGGCACCGGCUGGGCCCCCGGCAUCUCGCAGACCGAGCUCGAGGCCGUCCAGCGCAAGAUCACCGACAACUGGAUGGGCCGUCUGCGCGUGUACGGCCCCGGCGGCUACCUCAACGAGGGCGACGUCAUGGAGCCCGACUUUGCCGAUGCCUUCUACGGCACCAACUACGACCGCCUGCUCCAGAUCAAGCGCAAGGUCGACCCGUAUGACCUGUUCUGGGCCCCGACUGCUGUCGGCUCGGAGCGCUGGAAGAUCGCCGGCCAGCCCGACUGGCUGACGCUGCAGACUGGCAAGCUGUGCAAGGUGGCUAACUAG